CGAACGUCAUCAUCGCCGUCAGCGGCGGUUGUGGUCUUAAAAAGGGAGGAAGGGGGGCUGCCAGCGAGUGCGAGGUCACCUCCCUCGCCGCUCGCUUCCCCUCCUCCUCCUCCUCAGGCCCCGGAAGCAGGGGUCAACACGUCAGCACAGCCCUCUUCCGUCGCUGCUGCUUCCGCAGGGCUGCCCGCUCCUGCUGCUCCUGGUGAGGUCAGCUCGGGUACGCGGCAGGCCUCCUCCUCCUCCUCCUCAUCAUCAUCCAUCACUUCCGCCUCCUUCCCUGCCUCCUCGUCCUCCCUUCCAGCCGUCGCUGCUGCGCCUGGCAACCAAGAAGGCGAUAGAGGCAGCAGCAGCAGUAGCAGCAGUAGCAGCAGUAGCAGCAGCAGCAGCAGCAGCAGCAGUAGCAGCAGCAGCAGCAGUAGCAAUAGCAGAGAAGGCAGCGGAGGCGUCAGUGCGAGUGCAGCUACAAGGGGGAGGAGGCGUCAGGGCCGGCCCGGAGGAGAUGGAGAGAGAGGAGCAGAAGGGAAAGCAGAAGCGGGGAGAGGCGGAGGUAGAGGUGCAGGUGUAGGUGAAAGAAGCGGAGGUGACACCGAAAGCGCGUUCGACGAGUGGUGUCAGAACCUGGCGCCUUGGAGGGACCUGAUCUCCCCGAUGGUGCUGGGUUUCGAGAACCUGCCGACCCCUGGGUCACCCGCCUUCUCCCGACCCAUGCUGUUCGUUGGCAACCACCAGAAGAUGGGGUUCUACGACACUCCUCUCCUGGUGUACGAACUGUACGUCAGGGGUUAUAGGGUGCGAGGCCUGGCUCACCCGGGGCAUUGGGCCGGACCCGUGGGUCGCUGGUUCGAGAGCUUCGGCACCGUCAAGGCCUCCCCCCUGGCGGCAUUCCGGUUGCUGCGGGGCGGGGAGAAGGUGCUGCUGUUCCCGGGGGGAGCCAGGGAGGUUGUGAAGCGGCGGGGUCAGGAGUACACCCUGCUUUGGAAGGACAGUCCCGACUUUGUUCGUCUGGCUGCCCGCUGCGACGCGCUCAUUGUGCCCUUCGCGGCGGUGGGUGCGGAUGAUGCGUAC